UUAAUAAUAACACAAUUAAUGCGAUUCAAAGUCAAGGCUAACACAGAAUUUGAAUAAUUAUAUAUUUUAAGUUAUAAAUAAGAAGAAUACGAAUAAUUUUCUUUGACUUAUUUUCCAGGAAAUUAAUAUCAUCACGUUUUAAAGUAGGAAUUGGACUUUUGAAUAUGAACAUACACAAAGAAAAAAAAAUCAAUUUGGAAGUGAAGUCAAUGGACGAAAACAUUUCUUAACCUUGAACUAAAAAGCCAUUGAUAAGAAAAUUAUUUACAAUAAUCCUCUACUAAAGGCGAAACCUCAAAAUCAAGACCAUAAAUAUACAGCAUUUGUCUGCCUCACUCCAUUUUUUAAAAAACAAAAACUCUCUUUGAAUAAGUUGCUCUAAGUGACCUUAAACCCUUUCAACCAUUCAAUUUUUAGUCUUCCUCACAUGGAUGAAAGUUUAAGACAGGCUGCUCGUACGGGAAAGGUUAAUGAAUUGUAUACAGUAAUUCAAAGAAAUGGAAAUGUUUUGAGGCAUUUUGAUGAGGUGGAGUUUAUCGAGACUCCAUUACAUAUAGCUGCAGAAGAAGGGUGCAUUGAGUUUGCAAUGGAGAUGAUGAACUUAAAGUCAUCAUUUGCUCGAAAGCUGAACCACCAAGGUUUGAGCCCACUUCACAUUGCAGUUAGAAAAGGGCAUAAAGAGAUGGCACUCCGCUUCUUGGAGAUUGAUAAACAUCUUGUUCGUGUCAGAGGAAAGAAAGGUAAGACUCCAUUGCACUACUUAUGUAAAGUUGGAAACCAGCUUGGUCUGUUGGAUCCAUUUCUGGAAGCUUCUCCUGAUUGUCUCCAAGAUGUUACAAUUGAGAAUCGCACUGCUUUGCAUAUUGCAAUCCAAAACAAUAGACUGGACGUUCUCCAACUCCUAAUUCCAACGGUUAAGAGGAAAGACUAUUAUUGGGAAGUGGUGAACCGGAAAGACAAAGAUGGAAACACUGCACUUCACAUAGCCGCUAUCCAUAAUCAACCCAAGAUGCUUAAACUACUAUUAAAUUGCAAGGCUGAUAAGCAUGCUACCAAUCAAGUUGGUUUGACCGCACUGGGAAUUGCACAACAACAUAAUUACAGAGAAAACAUUGCUAUUCUGAAAGGCUGCUUUAUUCCAGUAGUUUCAAACUUUAAACGUAAGUUGGAGGAACAAGUUGUCAAGUAUGUGACAAAGGCAUCACUACUAAUUUUUCAAAAUAUGGACAACAUAUCAGCCGAUGACCGCAAUGCCUUGCUAGUCAUUUUAGGACUGCUUCUAACUGCAACCUACCAAGCCACUCUAAGCCCACCUGGCGGUGUUUGGCAAGGUGAAAAUACCUCAAAGUCCAAAGGAUCAUAUGAUGAAAUGGUACUAGGUAAAUCAGUCAUGGGUCAAAUGGAUUUUCUUCUCUUCUAUAUUCUAACCUACCUUGUGUUCCUCGUAACAUUAUUCCUAACACUAGCUCUACUCAAAACUUUUCCCCAUGGUUUUAGGACUGCACUUCAAGUACUAUUAGCGUUUCUUGCAGUGUCCUUCGAUGAAUCAAUAUCUGACAUAGCUCCCACCAAUUUAACAUAUGUAAUUCUGAAUAUAUUUUCAGGAAUUCUUUUCCUUUUAAUGGUGUCCAUGUGUAUCGUAUGUCGGGUGUCAAAAAUUAGUGUUUCAAUAGUGGGAUGUUGGAUACUCCCUUCAAUUUUAUAUUUAUGUCUAGGAAGAAGUGAAAUAGGUAUGGGUGUAGGUCAAGGAUUGUUGUUAUUCCUUAUUUUAUAUGAUGAAUUCUGUAAAGGAACCAUUUUAAUUGUAUGCUAUUGUUUAUUUGUAAGUGUUUGUGUUUUCUUUGGUACUAGUAUUGACUUCAAAUACCUUGUUGCAUUAAUGGGAUGCUGGCAACUUCUUAGUCUAGGUCGAUUAUGCAUAAUGCAGUGCACUCAAUUUUGUAACACCCAUUUGUAAUAUUUCAAUGUAAAAUAUUUUUUAUUUUA